UUGAUUGGCUGCUGGCUCUGUGUGUGUGCAGCGUAGUAAAUGCGGCGCUUGAAGACACACCGCCCUCUUCUCUCCCGCAGCUAGCGGCCGUAUGUAGCGGGACAUUAUUCCCUCCCUCCGAGCUGUCCCACAGAACAUGUGCAUUCCCCUAGUCUCUUGAAAUCGUCGUUGUCUUACGUCUAUGUGAUUGCCAAUUGUGCUCAUGAGCCUGCUAGGUGGCUACAAGAAAAAGAGCAGUUACGAUGGCUACGAAUCUUUGCAGCUGGUCGAUAGCAGCGGAGACUUCUACACCGGGGGACGAAGCGGCGGCGGCGGCGGUUUGACGGCAGGGACCCUCGGCAGCGUUAAAACAGGCCCCGCGCGGCAGGACGACUACAGCACCAUGGACAGCUCAGGCCCUCCAUCUCCAGAUUUGGACGGAAACUAUGGAGGGGGACUUCUGGAUAUGGUUAAAGGAGGUGCUGGAAAGUUCUUCAGCAACAUCAAGGACAACCUGAAAGACACCAUCAAAGACACCUCUACCAAGGUUAUGAACCAAGUGGCCACGUAUACAAAAGGAGAGUUGGACAUUGCCUACAUCACCUCACGGAUUAUUGUGAUGUCAUAUCCUGCUGAGGCGGUGGAGAUGGGCUACAGGAACCACACAGAGGAUAUCCGUUCCUUUCUGGACUCACGGCAUGCCGACCAUUACACUGUUUUCAACCUGUCACAGAGGAACUAUCGGGGGGCCAAGUUCUCCAACAGAGUUUCUGAAUGCAAUUGGCCUUCCAGGCAGGCCCCGGGUCUUCACAACCUAUUUGCUGUGUGUAAGAAUAUGUACAACUGGCUCAAGCAAAACCCCAAGAAUGUGUGUGUGAUCACCUGUUCGGAUGGCAGAGCUCCUUCAGGCGUGCUGGUCUGUGCCAUGUUCUGUUUCUGCCACCUUUUCGCCAACCCGGUGCCAGCCAUGCAGCUUCUCAGCUCCAAGAGGCCAGGAUCUGGCCUGUGGCCCUCCCAUAGGAGGUACAUAGGUUAUGUAUGCAGUUUAGUCUCAGAGAAGCCAACCAUACCACACUCCAAACCCCUAGUCAUUAAAUCCGUCACUAUGAGUCCUGUUCCUUGCUUCAACAAACAGCGCAGUGGCUGUCGGCCAUUUUGUGACGUACUUAUUGGCGAGACCAAGAUAUUUUCUACCGCUCAGGAGUACGAGAGAAUGAGGGAACACAGGGUUCAAGAGGGCAAAGUGCUGUUUCCUGUGAGUGUGAGUGGCCAAGGAGAUGUGGUGAUUUCAGUCUAUCACAUGCGUUCCCAUGCACUGCAGGCCAAGGUAACAAACACCCAGAUAUUCCAGAUUCAAUUCCAUACUGGUUUCAUCGCCCCUGGCACCACAGUCUUAAAGUUUAUCAAGACAGAGCUGGAUGCCUGUGAUUCUCCAGAGAAAUACCCACAGCUGUUUCAUGUGCUGUUAGACAUUGAGGUUGAAAGUACGGAGAAACAGAAAGAUCUCACGCCACCGUGGGAGCAGUUCCCCACCAAAGACCUGAGCCCCAGCGUGCUUUUCUCCUGUCAUCAGGAACACCAAGAUUCACUUGCUACUGCAGAUCCUGCACAGGGACAUGGGAGUUGCGGAGGCAGAGUGGGCCCAAAUGAGGAGAGCGAACCGUCAGAUGAUGAAAUGCUCUCCCUUUCUAGUCAGCAGAGCAACACGAGCAAUGAGAAAUCAAAAGCAGCUAAGAAACCAGAGCCCCAGCCUGCAGCGGCCCCUCCUCCAGCAGCUGAGGAAGUAGAUCUGCUGGGUCUGGAUGGUGAUGGCGCUACAUUUCCUCCAUCCUCCCCACAACCUCCGACCACCAGCACCACCACAGACCUGCUGGGGGACCUGUUUGGAGCUCCUCCCACACCACAGCCGGCCAGUGGCCCCGCCUCAGCUCAGUCUACCCCGCGGAGAUCCGCAGCCUCCUCCUCACCCUGUCCAUCACCUCGAUCUGGAGACACUUUUGACCCAUUUGGGGCUGGACCCGCUCCCGCCCCUAAGCCGCAGGACUUCAUGGGAGCUUUCCUGGGUCCAGGUAAUAUGGGGCAGCCAGACCCCUUCCUGCAUGCUGCACGAUCUCCAUCUCCUACAAUGCAGAACAUGGGCAUGGGUCGCAGUUCACCUGUGCCGCCCACUACUCCCACUGUCAACAUCCAGCAGCAGAGCUCUACAGGAGCCUGGGAAUGGAACAAACCAGCACCUGCAGGUGCAGGUUUUGGGAUGGGAAGUAAGUCUGCCAGCACUAGCCCAACGAGCUCAGUUCAUGGUACUCCCACCCACCAGGCCAAACCCAACACUUUGGACCCGUUUGCUGAUCUGGGUAACCUAGGAGCCGGUCUGGGAGGAGCUGGUUCGGGAUUCUCCAGCAAGCCCACCACACCUACUGGUACCGGAGGAGCGUUUCCACCCAUGGGCUCCCCCCAGCGUCCUGCUCCCUCUCCCCAGCACACUGCCUCUGGAGGCUGGCAUCCCAGCACAGGUUUCCCCUCAUGGCAGCCUGGAGGUGGGGCUCAGUGGCAGCCACAGGCCCAGGGUGCACAGCACCAGACCCCACCUAAAGCGCCUGGACCCUCUAUGCCUCACACUUCACCACAGAACAGACCCAACUACAAUGUCAGAUUCUCCAGCAUGGGUGGAGCUUCGGCAGGAGCCACUGGGGCAAAAGCACAGCCUAACAUGGGGACCAGACCAAAGGUUUCGGACACUAACUUUGAUGACCUACUCUCAGGCCAAGGUUUUGCUGGCACUAAGGAGAAGAAGGGGCCAAAAACCAUAGCAGAAAUGAGAAAAGAGGAGAUGGCAAAAGAAAUGGACCCAGAGAAACUCAAGAUCCUGGACUGGAUUGAGGGGAAGGAGAGAAACAUCAGAGCAUUGCUGUCCACCAUGCACACAGUGCUGUGGGAGGGAGAGACACGCUGGAAAUCUGUAGGCAUGGCUGACCUUGUCACACCAGAGCAGGUGAAGAAGGUCUACCGAAAAGCUGUGCUGGUAGUGCACCCUGACAAGGCUACUGGACAGCCCUACGAACAAUAUGCCAAGAUGAUUUUUAUGGAACUAAAUGAUGCCUGGUCAGAAUUUGAAAGCCAAGGACAGAAAGCACUGUACUAAGACUUACUGUAAAUGAUCACAACCAGUCAGCAGUUCCUGCCCCGAUUAGACACCCUGCAACCCACCAGUCUUUGAAACACUCCUUUGUUAAUCUCUCCCACCUCCAGGACCCUGCUUCAUAGAGACGUCAGAGCUUACAUCUACAGUAUAGUUGUGUGUAUCUCUUUAUCGAUCCACGUAUCAGGUCCCAUCAUGCCCUAGGCCAACUUAACUUCUGUAUGAGAAGACUGCUGUUGGAAAAAGUAGCAUUCAGCUUUGUUUUAAAAACUCUUAUUUGUGUCUUUCCCAGGACUCACUUACAUAACAAAGAUCAGACUUUGUUGUUAACCAGCUGUGAAAUAUUUCUGUGAACAUUAUCAGUCAACCAGACCAUCAUAGAAUGUUAGCUUUCAUCAUAGCUUUCGGGUGAGUUUUGAUUUAUUAAAGAGGUUUAGUGCUAAGGAAGAACAUCUUUAACAAAGAAAAAAUAUGUUUAGACACUUUAGAAUUCUGCUUUGGCUUGCAAAACUUUAUUAAAUAACAUCUUCUUCGGCAAUUAUUAUUUAAUAGGGUUUUGCAUGCUACAGCAGUAUUUGGGAAUCGAGACCUUAUCUACUUCUUCCAUUGUAUUGCCUGUAUCCUACGCACCUGCUCACAAUCCCACAUGUGCGAGGUGUAUUUAUUUAUUUGUUGGCUUUGCAAGACAACAUUAAAAUGAGUGAAAAUAAAAGUGGUAUAGUAAGCUACGACUCUGUUUUUAGUUCAGUCAGGGGCUAGAGGUUUAGAAAGAUAGGCAUAAAUGAAAGAACACUCCAACAAAAACCUGCAGCCACUAAAAAUUUCUCAAAUCAUGUAACACAUAACUUCUUUCAGAAUAUAAACAACACAGUACUGUGGGGCAGAAGCACAAUAAGUAUAAUAAGAGACUGUACAGGAUAUGGGAGAUUUUCUCAAACUUGAUCUGUGAAAUGCAGUAGAUUUAACUAGCAGUUUAUUCUUAUGUUGUUUUCUACUGAAUAUUGAUCUGUAUGUAUAUGUUGCACUAUAAUAACAUACUGUUUACAACAUAAAAAGUCAAAGGAAAUUGUUUAUUCAUGUAAUUAUUCCAUAGAAAAAAAGAAACGUUUUGCAGGUAACUCUUGACAUGGCUUGUUUCGAGGUAAAAGUUAAGGUUGUCUUUACAUACACAAUUUAUGUUAACCUGACGUCUUUAACUGGUUAAUAGUGCCCUAAAGAACUAGUCACGCUUUUGAGUACUGCGUCUUGCUAGACGCAUAUGGGAA